AUGCAACACGCCGAAACGUUGAAGCAAUACCCCGUUGAUAUUUCUGCAAAAGCAACCGAAAAUGGGCGCCUUACAAUGCUCGCCUAUACUCGUCCCAUCACAUCAUUUCCUCUUUCUGAUGAGAUGUGUGCUUCAGCGAAAGCUGUUCGCCUUCCUUCGUCUCGCCCUGAGCGAGUAGACAUAUGCAUUACGCGUCCUGACGGCGGGAAGUUGUACGGUGAUCUCUGGUGGCCUGGCAUCCUAAGAAAUUCAGCUCCCCGAUUCCCCCACUCCGAAAGCCCUUUUUCUUCUAGUGUGAAGUCUGUAUCGGCGUCUUCUUCGGGGAAAGAUUCUGAGGGGAUCGACGUACAUUCCAACGAUUCAUACUACACAGCAGGGGGAAAUCCCAUGGUGGUAUUUGUACACCAGUACUCCAUCAUGGGUGGCAGGGGCUGCCUCCUAAGCGGAAUCGCCAGACUUUUGGCACAAAGAGGUGUACCGGCAGUCACCUUUGACCUCCGAGGAGUCAAUGCUUCUUCUGGCUGGAAGACUUUGGCUGGUCACAAGGAGACUCAAGAUGUUGUUGCCGUAUGCUCAUGGUGCGUUAAGGAGCUAAAAGCGUCAAGCAUUGUUAUCGUCGGGUCGUCUGCGGGAGCCCCCAUCGGAGGGAGCGCUAUAGACUGCUUACACGAGAUCAAAGGAUUUGUGGGGAUUGGAUAUGUCUUUGGCUUCUUCGCCUCAAUCAUAUUUGGCGGUCACUAUAAGAACAUCCUCCAGUCCAAAAAGCCAAAGCUACUCAUCCAUGGAGAUAGAGACGGUUUCACAUCCACCUCCACCUUUCUUGAUUAUUUCAACAGGACAGAAGGACCUAAGGAAAUGCGCAUAAUCCCAAACGUCGGACAUUUUGAAAUGGAGGGCCCUGUGUAUGAUUCCUAUAUGGCGAGCCAAAUCCUCGAAUUCAUAGAGAAGUACCUCACAACAGGAGAAUCAACGAGAAAAGAUGAAAAGCUUACAAAUAUGAUGCCUUCUACCGGAAAUGGAGAUCCACCUUGUAGCCCAGGCGUUAAGAAUUGA